AUGAGUAUCGAUUUGUGCGAAAACUUCGCUGAAGCCUACAUCGACCCGGAGAAAUUGAUUUUUGAAAGUCUAGAAGGAAACAUUGAUCCAGAAAAUGAGUACGCGAAUAUCGUAAAAGGUGCCUCCUACACUCCGUACCCGGCAACCCUUGGACUCCGAGUGACUGGAAAUCAAUUCCAAAUUUCUCCCGGGCAACCAUCAAAAUUCAGUCUGAAAUUAGUGAGAUCUUAUUGUCAUGACGUCAUAGUGGAAGUUCACUCAUUGAUAUUCGAGAUUGUGAAUCCACGGGCUCGAAGAGGGAUCACUACGCAGGUGUUCCAUAGAUUGGGGCCAAAUCAGACAAUGGAUUUUGAGAUUGGACUCAAAAAACAGGAUUUGAAGAAUCCCGACCUGAAAAACUUCAACAACGUCCAUCUCACCAAUAUCUACGGAUACCUCACGAUUUUCGAGCAAGCUACUCAUAAAUGGAAUGAUUGCGAUUCGUCAUGGGGCCUCACAAAGGAACCAGGAAAACUAACAAGAGUCCUUGCACUUGAUCAAAAAGAACACGGGUGGUAUGGAUUCUGGAAGGAGAGACUAGUGAUGAAUAGUGCUGAAAAUGAGACGGAGGAGGUGAAAGCGUUGAAAAGACAGUUUGCUGAGUUGCUGUGGAAAAAAAUGGAAAGAGAAGAGAAAAAUCAAUAUGCAAAGGAUAGAGAAAAUUUGAAGAUGUAUAUGCAACCGGAGGAAUGUGCGAAGAUUCAGAAGAAAAAACAGGAAAGAAAGGAGAAGGCAAAAAAGGAGGCGGAAAAAUGUCAUGAAGAACAGAUGAAGAAAGAAAAAGAGGAGGAGAAGAAAAAGAAGAAGAAGUGUAUUAUUCUCUAG